AUGGAAGACAGGAUGUCAAUGCGACAUCAAUCAUUUCAAGGGCAGCCAUCUCUUCCUCACCCUCACUCCCAGGCAAAUGGAAUGCGUUUAUAUGACCCCGGCAUGAAUCCUUCGUCAAUUCCAGUCCAUAAUAGUGGACAAACACAGCAUAUGAGCCUCAGCACCAAUCAUGGAGCGUACCCACAGUAUAAUCAUUCGGCUUCAGUUUCUCCUGGCCCUUCUCGUGAUGCUCAGAUGCCAUCACCAUCCUCAGGUCCACCGCACCAUUCUUCAGGACAAAGCUUGAAUGCGGCUCAAAAAAGAGCGUAUCGACAGCGCAGAAAGGACCCUUCGUGCGAUGCUUGCAGGGAGCGCAAGGUCAAGUGUGAUGCUACAGAUGUCAAUAGCUGCUCUGAAUGCGCCUCCCGAAACGUCAAAUGUCAAUUUACAAAGGAAACAAAUCGUCGCAUGUCAUCGAUUAAACAAGUUCAGGACCUCGAGAAGCAACUCGCAGCAGCACGAGAGCAGAUCCGAAAGCUCCAAGCCACCAACGGGCACCCCAAAGAAAAUGCGGAUUCAAAUAAUAAUGAUAUUGUUUCCGACAUAUCCAUCAAUGUACCAGAUGUCAAUUCGAGUCCACAAAGGCGUCCUCGACCGCCUGUUAUUCAAGAUAUGUCAGUUAGGUCGCAUGUGCGCAACUACAGCCGCGGCAUUUUCAAGCCUCCUCCACCAUAUAGACAAGUCGGCACUCAGUCAAACUUUUCGCCGCCUCUCCCCGAGCUUCCUCCUCAACCAAUUGUGGAUCAUAUCUUGGCGCAAUAUUAUCAGACGAUUCAUUCAAUCAUCCCAAUUCUUCAUUGGCCACAGUUUGUACAACGUUACGACGACGUGCGGAAACGGGGCGACCUGUCAAAUGUUCCACCUUCCUGGGCAUCAACAUUGUUUGCUGUCUUUGCUUGUGGUUUACUCUACACAGCAGACCCAGCAAUUAAAGCGAAAUAUCCUGAUAAUGGAAGACAAUUUAUUGCAUAUUCCCGUCAAUUAACCGACUUAUUUAAUGACGAGUUCACCAUCGACCACGCCCGAUCAGCACUGCUCACCAGUAUAUAUCUUACCGAGUUGAAUUGUAAAUCUGCUGCUUGGACCUGGUUGGGCUCUACCGUGAGAAUUGCUCAGGAUAUCGGAUUGCAUCGAGAGAGCGGCCCCUGGCCAGUCGUGGAGGGGGAGAUGAGAAGGAGAGUUUGGUGGGGGAUUUAUGUCUGGGAUCGAUUGCUAUCAGUUGAACUUGGGAGAGUUCUGCUUAUAGAAGACACAGAUUGUGAUAUCUCACUACCUUGCGCACUUGAUGACCAUUUCAUCUACGAUUCUGGAUUGCUAGUCCCUCCUGGUUCACAGCAGCAGCCAGCAAACUUUCUUCUUACAACAAUUCACGUGGUUCGCCUUAUUAGCCCAUUAUUGCGUUCCCUACAAUCGCCAGUCGUAUCAACACCAAAUCUUGGAUGUUUCGAUGCGCAUUUCAAGACAUGCUUAUCGGCAUUCCCGGUCAACUGCCAUCUCAAUCAACCCCAGCCUCUUGAGCCACGACAUCUCUCUCCGAUUUUCCACCUUCAGAACUGCCGACUUGUACUUCAUCGUCACAAUCUAUCAACACUUUGCUCACCGGAAGUUCGAUCGGCGGCAAUUGAUUCAUGUGUAACAGCAGCAAAAGAUACCGUGAAUUUCCUUUCACGCGCGAUGCAGUUUCAACCUAGCGAUAGGUUUGACUCAAGCACAGGUGCCCAGAACUUGAUAGCAUCAUGUGCCACAACAAUGCUGUGUACCCACGUAUGGCGUUGUGCACUAUUCCUAUGUUUCAGGGGGCUCUUUACAGAUGCUUUAGUAUGUGUUCAAGUCAGUAAAAUAAUUGGAGAUGUACGCGAUGUAAAUAUCGCUUGCGGAAGAAAUCUGUACGGGUUUCUACGAAUGUUGAGCGAGAAACUUGCGAAUGGGGUGAACCUUGAGCAGGAUGAGGGCAUGAUGGCACUAGUUUCUGGUGAUGUCCAAGGAAGUACCGAAUCUUCGUGGGUUUGGAACGGUAGCGAGACCGGUCAAGCUCUCAAUGGCACCUCCCCACGUCACGACCACCCACACAAUAGCGGAAAUGAGUAUCCUAUAACAAGUGGGAACGCAGAAAUUACUACUGCUUUAUCUCCGGAAGAAUCAAAUGAUUGGGGUGGAUGGGAGUAUAUCGAGAGAAUGCUCCAUCGUCUGAACAGCGAAAGAAUGGCAAGGGAACAUGCCCAACAACAGCAACCUGCCCCAGGCCCGUGGAACGGAGUAUCAGGACGAUCAACACCAGUACCGAACGCCUCGUCAUCACGUAUCGCCAUCGCGAAUAUCAUCUAA